AUGUCUGAAAAUUCGAACUCUUUAAGGAAUCCAUUUGUGAGCAAUACGCCGCAGGCGUCACCAUAUAAGAAGCAACAACUUGAGUACCAUAGGCGCGGUUCAGUAGAGGAUGUGACGAGGCGGCCAACAUCUAGCUCGUCAUCCUUAAGUUCUCCGGGGAAACACUCCAGAAGACCACGGUCCUCGUUACAACGCUAUGCAGAUAGAUAUUUACCCACCCGAACAGACUUAGAUCUAAGAACUAUUAGAUCUAUUGGAAGUAGCAAUGCCACGAAGAAUAACACACCUGUGGUCCCAACCUCGCCAACUUCGCCCAAUUCUUCUUGCGCAGAUCACCUAGAAGUACGAAGAGAAAGAGAAUCAAUGGAAAAGUUUGAUACUAUAUUAAAGAACGAAUUAUUUGGUGACUACUUAGCGAAGGAUAGAGAUCUUUCUCCAGAGAGAGACUCUAUAUAUAACAGCAGCACGAGCAGAUUUACGAGCCCUAGAAAGUCUUUACAGGCUAGCAGCAUCGAUCAGAUAAGAAAUACAGUUAAUUUCUCAGCUAACUCUUCGCCAUUGAAAUCAGCGUCAAGCAUUCAAUUUUACAGAGAAAACCAGUCAGAUUCAGAUUCAGACAUAGGAACAGAUACAGAUUCCGAUGGCGCGAAUAGUAGCGGUUUGAACAACCCAUACACGAGCCCGUCAAGAAGGCGGCAUUCGAAUUUAUUUUUUAAUAAUAUUGGCACCUCUGUCUCGCUUCCUGUAACACCUAAAAAGCUAACAUUCUCUGCAGGUGCAUCGACUGAAGAAGUAGGAUCUACAAAAAGAGGAGCUAGCCUACUCAAGUACAUGACCCAAAGUUCUACUAGGCCAUCAACAGCCUCCGUAUUACAUUCUCACUUUGAAAGCUUGGAUGUUUCACCAAUUAGAAGAGACUCUAAAAAACUGUUGCUAUCGCCAGUAAAGCAAUUUAAGAACAUCAGUAAAGUACCAUACAGGGUUUUAGAUGCACCCUCUCUUGCAGAUGACUUUUACUAUAGCUUGGUGGAUUGGUCUUCUACAGACAUAUUAGCAGUGGCCUUGGGAAAAUCAGUUUUUUUAAGCGAGCAUCAAACUGGUGAAGUUAUUCAUUUAUGCGAUACUCCAAAUGAAUAUACAAGUUUAAGCUGGAUGGGAGCAGGCUCACAUUUAGCUAUAGGUCAGGGGAACGGUAUUGUUGAAAUUUACGAUGUUACAAAGGAGAAAUGCAUCAGGACAUUAUCAGGGCAUCUGGAUAGAGUGGCCUGUCUUUCUUGGAAUAAUCAUAUUUUAAGCUCUGGUAGUAGAGAUAGGACUAUAUUGCAUCGUGAUGUAAGAAUGGCAGAUCCUUUCUUUGAAAAGAUAGAAACACAUGAACAAGAAAUUUGCGGAUUGAAAUGGAAUACCAACGACAAUAAGUUAGCCUCAGGCGGAAAUGACAAUAUGGUUUUUGUGUAUGAUGGAACUUCCAGAACACCAUUUCUAUCAAUUAAUGAACAUAAGGCUGCUGUCAAAGCUAUGGCAUGGUCACCUCAUAAACAAGGAAUUUUAGCUACCGGCGGUGGUACAGCAGAUAGAACUCUAAAGAUGUGGAAUGUCAAUACAUCAGUAAAACUGAAUGAUGUUGAUACUGGUUCACAAGUAUGCAACAUGGUUUGGUCGACAAACACUGAUGAGAUUGUCACUUCCCAUGGUUACUCGAAAUAUAAUCUAACAAUAUGGGAAGCAAGCAAUCUAGAACCUUUAGCUAUAUUAAAAGGUCACAGUUUCAGAGUUUUACAUUUAACUUUAUCAGCUGAUGGAACCACAAUCGUAUCUGGUGCAGGAGAUGAGACUUUGCGUUAUUGGAAGCUUUUUGAAAAGCAAAAAAGGAAGGCAACUGCAGAUUCAACUAUUCUAAACGCUCUGAACCAAAUAAGAUGA